CUCUACAGGGACGUCAUGGAGGUCUCUCGGGGAUGGCUGGUGGCCUGUGUGUUGGCCAUGAGCCUGGUAUCUACGGUGACUGAGGAUGUCUGUCGAGCACCCAAUGGGAAGGAUGGGGUUGCAGGAAAUCCUGGCCGCCCAGGGAGGCCAGGCCUCAAAGGAGAGAGAGGGGAGCCAGGAGCUGCUGGCAUCCGGACGGGCAUCCGAGGCCUUAAAGGAGACCAGGGGGAAUCUGGGCCCCCUGGCAAACCAGGAAAUAUGGGAUUCCCAGGGCCCACUGGGCCCCUGGGGAGCAGUGGGCCCCCAGGACUUAAGGGUGUCAAAGGCAAUCCAGGCAAUAUCAGAGACCAGCCCCGGCCAGCUUUCUCAGCCAUUCGGCAGAACCCACCCACAAUUGGCAAUGUGGUUAUCUUCGACAAGGUCAUCACCAAUGAGGAGAACCCAUACCAGAACAAGACCGGCCGCUUUGUCUGUGCCGUACCUGGCUUCUAUUACUUCACCUUCCAAGUAACCUCCAACUGGGACAUCUGUCUGUCUAUCAUGUCCUCCUCCCAUGGCCAGACCAGGAGUACCCUAGGUUUCUGUGAUGCCAACAGCAGGGGGCUCUUCCAAGUGGUAUCAGGGAGCACUGUGCUCCACCUGCAACGAGGGGACCAAGUGUGGAUCGAGAAGAACCCUGCAAAGGGUCGUAUUUACCAAGGUACUGAAGUCGAUAGCAUCUUCAGCGGAUUUCUCAUUUUCCCCUCCGCCUGAGCUGGGGAGCCACCCACAUUCUGCGUCUCUUCCACUCCCUGUUGUGGGGCCAUGCCCUACACCCCUUCUCUCUGCUAAGUGAAGGAGCUGGAGCCUGGGCUUUAGCAGCCCUGGGGCAGGGCUGGAUUAGAGGGCCCUGAGGACUGGUGCCUCUCUGCACAUGGCCCAGGGUUUCUUCAAGCACUUUUUGGAAUAAAUGGCCCCAUCUGUGUCUGCGG